UCCACCCAGGAGUAGCAGCUACUCCUCCUCUUGCUGCUGCCACCGCCAACAUCACCCCUCCAGGCAUCCUCCUCCUCCUCCUCCUCCUCCUCGCUCUCCAUCCCAUGCAAGCGCAAGGGGAUUACACUGGAGCCCGAGAGGAGCUCUGCCCUCCUGCGAAUCUCAGGCGCUGCUUGCCUGGCCUCAGCCCCGAUCCUCGGGAGGAGGAGGAGAUGCUCAGGGCUCCAGAGCAAGGCUAAGGGGCUCCUCCUCCUCCUCUUCUUCUCCUUCUCCUUCUUCCUCCUCUGGGAGGGUCGCCAGGGAGGCCAAGGGGGACACCUGAGAAGAAGAAGAAGGAGCAGCAGCAGCAGCAGCAGCAGCAGGAGGAGGAGGAGGAGGAGGCAGCCGAGGGGGAUUCCGGGAUGCCUUUGUGCUUCCCGCUCCGCCUGGGUUUAUGCUGAAGGAAGGGGCUUUCCGAGGAAGCUUCAGGAAUGGAGGAACUUCACUAAAGAAGACACAACCUGACUUCUUACCCAAGUUGGUUCUCCUAAAGUUUCUGAUUUGGCUGCUACGUCCUUAUCAGGAUGGCCGAAAAGGCUCCUCCAGGGAUAAACAAGAAGUCCUCAAGGUCUACCCAAUCCCUCCCACCAGAACCAGUGGAGAUAAUCAGGAGCAAAGCCUGUUCUAGAAGAGUCAAAAUCAAUGUAGGUGGUCUCAACCAUGAAGUUCUAUGGAGGACUUUAGACAGACUUCCACGGACUCGAUUAGGGAAGCUAAGAGACUGCAAUACUAAUGAUUCCUUACUAGAAGUAUGUGAUGACUAUAAUCUCAAUGAGAAUGAAUAUUUCUUUGAUAGACACCCAGGUGCUUUCACCUCCAUUUUAAAUUUCUACAGGACGGGAAAGCUACACAUGAUGGAGGAAAUGUGUGCUCUCUCUUUUGGCCAAGAACUUGAUUAUUGGGGGAUUGAUGAAAUAUAUCUAGAGUCUUGUUGCCAGGCAAGAUACCAUCAAAAGAAAGAACAAAUGAAUGAAGAACUCAGGAGGGAGGCAGAGACUCUGAGAGAAAGAGACGGAGAAGAAUUUGAUAAUGCCUGUUGCCCGGACAAAAGGAAAAAACUAUGGGAUUUGCUGGAGAAACCCAACUCCUCAGUGGCUGCAAAGAUUUUGGCCAUAGUCUCCAUUUUGUUCAUUGUACUGUCCACCAUUGCUUUGUCGCUCAACACACUACCUGAACUUCAAGUAAUUGAUGAAUUUGGACAGCUAAAUGACAACCCCCAGCUAGCACAUGUAGAAGCCGUGUGUAUAGCUUGGUUCACUAUGGAGUAUCUUUUGCGUUUCCUGUCAUCUCCAAACAAGUGGAAGUUCUUCAAAGGUCCAUUAAAUGUGAUUGACUUGCUGGCCAUUUUGCCCUAUUAUGUCACUAUUUUUCUUACGGAGUCCAACAAAAGUGUGCUGCAGUUUCAAAAUGUCCGCCGUGUCGUUCAGAUAUUCCGUAUUAUGAGAAUACUAAGGAUCCUUAAACUUGCCAGACAUUCAACAGGACUUCAGUCUUUAGGAUUUACCCUCAGAAGGAGUUACAAUGAACUGGGUUUACUGAUAUUAUUUUUAGCAAUGGGAAUUAUGAUCUUCUCCAGUCUUGUAUUUUUCGCUGAGAAAGAUGAAGAUGCUACAAAGUUUACUAGUAUCCCUGCAUCAUUUUGGUGGGCCACCAUCACUAUGACUACAGUAGGAUAUGGGGAUAUUUAUCCCAAAACUUUACUAGGUAAAAUAGUUGGAGGAUUGUGUUGUAUUGCUGGAGUGCUCGUAAUAGCCCUUCCCAUUCCCAUCAUAGUAAACAAUUUCUCAGAGUUUUACAAGGAGCAAAAGCGGCAGGAGAAAGCCAUUAAAAGAAGGGAGGCACUUGAGCGAGCAAAAAGAAAUGGAAGUAUUGUUUCAAUGAAUCUAAAGGAUGCCUUUGCUCGCAGCAUGGAGCUGAUUGAUGUAGCUGUAGAUUCUGGUAAAACUGAGGAAGCAGCCAAUUCAAAGGAAACCCCUGACGAUAACCACUCAUCUCCAAGCCGUUGGAAAUGGGCCAGGGGGGCUUUGUCGGAAGCAAGUUCUAACAAGUCCUUGGAGAAUAAAUACCAAGAAAUAAGCCAGCGAGAUUCCCAAGAACUAAACAAUGCAGCAGCAACCUCCAGUCCCCAACACCUGAGUGCUCAGAAACUUGAAAUGUUAUAUAAUGAAAUUACUAAAACUCAGUCUCAGCCUAAUCUUAAUGCUGCCUACCAAGAUCCAUCAGCACAACCCCUGUAUGAGGAAGAGAUAGAAAUGGAAGAGGUUAUUGGACAGGGUGACCCAUUAGUGUCAGGACCCAAAGAAGUGGUCACUGACAUGAGAAGCACUUCCAGCAUUGACAGUUUUGCCAGCUGUGCAACUGAUUUCACGGAGACAGAUCGAUCUCCCCUUCCUCUAUACUCCAGUUCUCACUUACAGCUGAGGUUCCCAAUGGAACCUGCCCACUUAGAAGACCAAAGAGCAAAAAGUUCUCAGCUUUUAUCACUCGCAAGAGAUAAAAUGUUUGCACCCAGAGACAUUACCUUUGACUACUGCCCAGUUGAUACAACCAUGAGCACUGAUAACACUGGCUCCCAGUCCCUGCUUCAUGGUCAUUUGCACUUUGACAGCUCUAUGGAGAGUCCCAAAAGUUCUUUAAAAGGAAGCAAUCCAUUAAAGUCAAGGUCUCUUAAGGUUAAUUUUAAGGAAAACAGAGGCAGUGCUCCACAAACGCCCCCAAGCACUGCAAGGCCAUUGCCAGUAAUGGCAGCAGGUGACUUUAUGCAAUCUGCCCCUCAACAUAUCAGCACCAUUCUUUUAGAAGAGAAUUCACCACAUGGGGACAGACCCUUCCUAGGUGCUGAUGCAGCACUGGUUAGUGAGGAAACCUCUAAGAAAUCAUCCCCAUUUUUUCCAAAGCAAAAGCUUUUUACUUUUCCUUCAAAAGAGAGAAGAAGCUUCACAGAAAUGGACACUGGCGAAGAAGAUGACUUCAUGGAGAUCCCUGGCAUAAGACAUGACACACAGCAGGAUGUCAAGGCAAACUACUUUGGGGAUAAACACAAAGAUGGGAACCAUUUAACCGAAGAGCCUCGAGUCAGUUCUUCUUCACCCAAAAGCUUGGGUCACAAUUGUACUCAAGACAUUUACCAUGCUGGGGGGGAAGUACAAGGGGACAAUAGCCAAGAAGGUCACAAAAUGGAAAACCAUUUGUUUCCCCCAGAUAUCCAUACAAAUCCUGGAGAAACAGAUUACUGUCCUACACGGGAAACCAGCAUGUGACUAGUUAAGAGAGCAAUAAAUUACAAAAACUCAUUUCUUCAAACUGCAGUUAGUAAUGCCUAUGAACUAAAAGACAGGAAGCCUCAAAAGUACCUAAAAUGUUAUUUUUGCAUGGCAUGAAGAGUUGUUUAGUUUAAGGACUGUUUAAUUUAAAAGUGGAAAUCUUUCUUUUUUAUAACAAAAAAGAGAAAAAUCAGGAAAAAAUGAUGCAAGAACAGUGAGUAAAAUA